AUGGAUGGAAGCGGUUAUCACAAUCGCCGCCGCGGCUACGGCCACGGCCAGUAUUGGAGCAAGGGUGGCGGGGUCACCAAGAAGCAGUGGCGCCGGCGCCAACAGCAGCGCAAGCGCCGCCAGCGCCGCAAGCAAGCGCGUGCCUGCUGGGAAGAUGCUGAGCAAGAGGAGUACGAG